AUGUCGACCCAACCCAAAGUGCCCCAAACUUCCAUCUCCACUCCUACAACUAGCCAACCUUCCGCAGCGCCUUCAGCACACCACCGAUCUACCCUACCUACCGAUUCCCAGUACUACCAAUUCACUGACGCAGAGCAAGAAAAAAUUGGAGAGCUCCUCGAUGUCUCCGUCCAAGGUCGUUUGUCUACCCCAUCUAUGACCAAAUGCGACCGAGAGGCCUGGGCAACCACCAAACUCCCAUCCCCGGUCUUUCUUGCUGUCAAUUCUCCGCAUGGUAAGGGCAGCGUCGACAGGUGGCUCAGCACAGAGCACAAGUCUGAACAUACCUGGAUAUUUUUGCUGAAGAGCUGCUACCUGAGCCAGACCGACCUUGCAACCCUCUUCCAAAUGUGCCCAUCCAUUCAUCUCCUCUCCCUUCUCAUCAACAAACAUCGCUUUGUCCUCCAACAACCAAUACCACCAAAUCUGACCCCCAGUGUUGCCAUUCAUCGAUGGAGCCGCAUGUUCACCGCAUGCUUACUCCACUAUGACCUCAGCAUCCCAACCGCCGUCCGAUUCGUUGGCAACAUCCACACCGGUGCCCAUCGCGACUGGCCAACCCUCGAACCCAUCCUCCGUGAAGCCAAUAUUGACCCCCUCCUCAUCACUCAGCCCAAACGCAUCUUCCUCGAUGGCGCACCCAAUUACGUCAAUGCGGAAUCGACCGACGAGAACCUCUGCACCUUCAUUGCCUAUGGUGAUCACAGAACGGUUUACGACGAUGUUAGCAAAACACAAAGCGCAGUCGAAAAAGACGUCCUCCGCAACUACCUUCUGGCAGCCAACCCAGCCCUCCUUCCAUACAUCUGA